CCAAAUGAUGAAGAACCAGAUGUUGCUGUUUUUUGCUUUCUACUUUAGCCUCUUAUGUGAACUAAAUGGCCAAGUUGGUGGCCUUAGACCGGCUGUGGGUGGUGGCGAGGUUGGUGUGGGGUUAAUCGCUGACAUGGGAUCAAAGGAGGGGAAGAUUAUUCAGAGCUGCCUUUCCAUGGCGAUUUCAGAUUUUUAUGGGUUACAUAGGGACUAUCAAAUGAGGAUAGUUCUUCAUACAAGAGACUCCAAAGGGGAUCCUUUGCUUGCUUUAUCUGCCGCUUUUAAACUCUCAGAAGAUAACAAAGUCAAGUUCAUCCUCAGUGCACAAAAAUCAACGUUGGAAGCAAAGUUUUUGGCUGAAUUUGGAGAUCACACCAAAAUUCCAGUAAUCUCAAUUCAAGGAUUCAUUGAUUUUAUGUCUUCUAUUGACAAGCUAGAAAUGGUGAACUUCAUUACCCAAAUGGUGAAUGUGAUGAAUUUUAAUAACUUCAAGCUCACCUCAAGCAAUUUCGAAAUAUUAAAUGUGCCUGCUCGUGGUAGGCAUCUGCUUUCAAGUUCCACCAUUGAUGAGUCAACUCCCAGAGGUCGAAUGAUGCAAACAAGCAGUAAAACACUAAGGAUUGCUGUUCCAACAACAAAUGGGUUCCCACAAUUGCUCAAAGUAGACCAUGAUCCUCACACCAAUACCACCAUUUUCUCUGGUUUCUGCAUAGAUGCUUUCAAAAUUGCGAUGGCGGGUUUGAACUAUCAAGUGUUUUAUCAGUUUGUCCCUUUCGAAUAUAAUAACCCAAACAUUGGUGAGGCUUACGACGAUCUUAUCUACCAAGUAUAUCUCCAGAAUUACGACGCUGUUGUUGGGGACAUAACGAUCACAGCAAAUAGAUCAUCGUACGUGGAUUUUACUUUGCCGUAUACGGGCAUGGGGGUCGGGAUGGUUACUCGGUUAACUCCAAAGGAUAGCCAAAACUUGUGGAUUUUCUUGAAACCACUCACACCAGGACUUUGGCUUACAAUGGUAGGAGUUUAUGUCGUAACAGCUUUGGUUAUUUGGCUAAUUGAACGCCCUGCAUUUGUUGAACAACAAACCCAACAAUCAAAUGGACGAAUUGGAAGGAUGUUUGGGUUCUCUUUCUCCAUUCUUGUUUUUGCACAUUGGGAGAAAUUAUCAAGCAAUUUAUCGAGAUCCGUGGUUGUUUUGUGGGUGUUUGUGGUGUUCAUAUUGGGUUCGAACUACACUGCCACCUUGACAUCAAUGAUGACGGUCCGGCAGAUUGGGUACAACUCAAAGAUGAGCAACAUAGGACAUCGAUUAGGUCCUGUUACCCAAGAAGUUGUCGGUAAUCUAAAUUUCGACAAUUCUAGUUCAACAUCUGUAUGGCUUACUUCACCCGAAGAAUAUGCAAACGCUUUAUCGGAAGGUGCCAAAAAUGGUGGAGUGUCUGCAAUAAUUGAUGAAAUGCCAUACAUCAGCAUCUUCCUAGAAAAAUAUCCAACACGUUAUUCCAUGGUCGGCUCCGUCAUGCCUACCACCAAUGGCUUUGGCUUUGUAUUUCCAAAGGGUUCAGCCCUGGCUAGAGACAUAUCAAGGGAAAUUGCAAAAUUAAGAGAAGAUGGGAGGCUCCAAGCACUUGAAAAUGCAUGGUUCAAAACUCCGAUCAUUGAUUUUGAUUCAGAGGACACUACAAACAGUGUGAACUCACUUACAGUAGGUGACUUUCGAGGUUUGUUCCUUAUUAGCGGAGCCUUUUUAGCUAUAGCUUGUAUUUUGUUUUUGGCUUCUUUGUUUUACAAAAACUUUCAUGUACAAAAGGCGACGUGGAGGUGCGAGGGUGGCGUACGGAGGCGUGCAAGGGGGUCGUACGGAGGCACGCUGGAGGCUAGGGCUGCGGCGCUCUUUGCUGCUAGGGUUCCUAGUUGGUGA